GUGGCCCAAUGACAGUGGACGGACUUCACUGUUCCCGCUGUGAUUGGAUCGCAUCGUUGCUCUCGUCCGAAAAACGGUGUGGCACAGGGGUGUGCUGUGCAGAUUAAACCAAAGACCCAGUGUUGUGUGGGAGAAUCUCGGCCUCUUAGAAAAUCUAGAGCUUACAUGAUGAAGAUGGAGAUUAGGCCUCUGUUGAUGUGCUUUGCUCUGUGUGUGGUUUAUGCCACCAGCAAACCCACAGAGAAGAAAGACCGUGUCCACCAUGAAACGCCACUGAGCAGCAAAGAGCAUGACGAUGGCGCAAACUUUGACUAUGACCAUGAUGCAUUCCUUGGGGAAGAGGAAGCCAAGACUUUUGAUGACCUGACCCCGGAGGAAAGCAAGAAUAGGCUUGGUAAAAUUGUGGAUAAGAUUGAUGCAGACGAGGAUGGUUUUGUCACAGAGGCCGAGCUGAAAGCAUGGAUCAAAAAGGCUCAAAAGAAGUACAUCUAUGACAAUGUGGAAAGACAGUGGAAGGAUUUUGACAUGAAUAAUGAUGGCAUGAUCUCUUGGGAUGAAUAUAAGAAUGUCACAUACGGAACAUACCUUGAUGAUCCUGAACCUGAUGAUGGCUACAACUACAAGCAGAUGAUGGCCAGAGAUGAACGGCGCUUUAAAAUGGCUGAUGGAAAUGGAGACCACAUCGCUGACAAAGAGGAGUUCACUGCCUUCCUACAUCCUGAGGAGUAUGAACAUAUGAAGGACAUUGUUGUGUUGGAAACUAUGGAGGAUAUUGAUAAGAAUGGUGAUGGUUUUAUUGACCUGGAGGAGUAUAUUGGCGACAUGUACAACCAUGAGGAUGAAAUGGACGAGCCAGAAUGGGUGUCGACAGAGCGAGAGCAGUUUUCGGAGUUUAGAGACAAGAACAAGGAUGGAAAGAUGGACAAAGAGGAGACUAUGGACUGGAUCUUGCCGGCCGACUACGACCAUGCAGAAGCCGAAGCAAAGCAUUUGGUGUACGAGUCUGACACAAACAAGGAUGGCAAACUCACCAAAGAGGAAAUAAUCAACAAGUACGAUUUGUUUGUGGGAAGUCAAGCGACUGACUUUGGGGAGGCAUUAGUUCGACAUGAUGAGUUUUAACUCUUUUUUUCUAGUAUAAUAGAAAAUUACUUUGUUUUUGGUAAAAGAAUAUAAUUUAUUUUAUAUUGCUUCAUCAUAAUGCAACACUAAUUCCUCAGAUUUAGUUAUUUUCUCUUUUUGCACACGGACAUGCAUUCACAACAUGCUUUCUUAUUUUGUUUUUGUUUUUUGAUUUUUACUGUAAAAUGUGUUAUUAGUGUUUGUUUGAUCCGUCUUUGAAAUCGUGGUCCAUGUACAGCAUUUUUAUCAUUUCAAUAACUGUUUAUAUUUGUUUUUUAAUGAGAAGUGGUUUAUUCAGAGCUAGAUUAAAGGUAAUUUUAUACAAGCUACUGAUCUAUGAUCAGCUCCCCUUGCUGUUCACAGUCCUGUUCAUUAGCAUACUGUAAGUACUGAAUGCUCUCAGAUUGGUUUCUUCCUGAGGGUUUAUACAAAUAGGUAUAAAAUAUAUGCAUGUAUUCACACGUUUAUGUGAAUAUGUAUAUAGUUUUAUACUUGUAAUCUCACAUUUCUUUCCUGUGUGUACUUGUCUUGGCACAAACAUUGAUUAUAGGAUGAUGAGGAUCCUCUCCGUUUCUCUCUAAAGGCAAUAUAUUGUUUUCUUUCUAUAUUUAUUUAGAGGGGGGGUGGGGAUCUUCUUCAUUCACGCAUCCCAUGAAUUUUUAUCAUUUGUGAACUUUAAUGAAACACUCAUCUGUCCUUGUGCCUUUCACUGAAUUUUCUUUUUGAGUUGGGUCUUCAGCUGGAGCUAUAUGUCUAAAACUUCAAAUCAAUUUGGUUCAUAGGGUCCAAUCGAACACAUUGCUGAAUAGUUUGUUGCUUUCAAUUUCAUUUUUUGAAAUACACUACAAAUUAUAUGAUGUUUGCAAUAAAUUUGCUAUGUUACAAAUGUAACAUUAGUCCAUUAAUGCAUUUUACUUUUUUUGUUCUAUAUAAAAUGUUUUAGCACCCGAGGUUUUCAGGUGACUUCCUUCAAAUGGUGCUGUUUUAGCUCAACAGAUUGUAUCUUGAAAACAACAAAUUGUCAAUAAAUAAUUAUGACUGAU